GGACCGCGCGCGCCGUCCUUGAAGGGCUGCCCGGCUGACCUUGCUCCGCUUUCACGGAGGAUUCUCCAGCAGCGCACGAGGACGCGGCUGCCGCGGUGACUCAGUGACCUGCGCACCGCCUGCAAGUGCUCGUCUCGACGAGGUUGCCUCUGCGGUCUGCGCGCCUCCGAACCCACGAUUCCACCCCGGUCCUUUACGCUUGCUCCCCUCCCCCUCCCACCGCCCCGCGUCCUGAGGUCGCGUCGCCCACCUCGCCUCCGCAGCAUCGAAGGCCAACCUUCGCACUCCCGGGCUGCGGGCGCGGGGACCAGACGCGCUGUCCCCCGGUCAGCCCCACGCGCCCGGAGCCCCGAAUCCCGAGCCAGCCUAGAGUGGGCGGCGCGUCGGGCUGAGUCUCGGCCCAGCCUCGCCGGCCCGGAUCCCUAUUGGUCGUCACCUCGGCGGGAGGGCGGUCCAGUCCCGCACCUGCCGUCGCCCCUCCACGGGCAGAUCGGCGGCUGCGGGACACCGGCGUCCAGAAGCCGCAGCACCAGAAGGCAGGCCUGGGGCUCAGCCGAUCUCCACGCGGCUGGCCCUGUCCUUGUGCUGCCGCGGCCGCCACUGCGCCCGCGGGAAACUUUGCCCCGCCAAGUCCCCUGCUCUCCUGACCACGCAGUUCGCCCAACGGCCCCUGGGGCCCCCGCACAGCGCGCGUGAUUGCCGCUCCGCCCCGCACAGUGCGUCCGCGGCGCCGGGCCGCCAGGAUGCGCUACGCAGACCCCUCCGCCAACAGGGAUUUGUUGGGGAAUCGAACUUUGCUCUUCAUCUUCAUCUGCGCCUUUGCCUUGGUGACCUUGCUUCAGCAGAUCCUGUACAGCAAGAGCUACAUCAAGAGAGGCUUCCAGUUUGGUUGGCAGAGGGGCGACCAACAGGCCAAUUGGACUGGGCUCUUUAAUGACAGCGGCAGCCCAACAGAGCAGAACAUCAGUGGCUCCAGCUCCAGGUACUUCGAGUUUUACAAGGAGCCUUUAGAAUUUAACUCCACGAGAUGCCUGGAACUGAGGCAGGAGAUCCUGGAGGUGAAGGUGCUAUCCAUGGUGAAGCAGUCCGAGCUGUUUGAAAGGUGGAAGAGCCUCCAGAUAUGCAAGUGGGCCAUGGACACUGCAGAAGCCAACCUCUUCAAUCUGUACCACAGCCUUCAAGGAGAAGAGCCAUCACAGAAGUUUGGCAGCCAGAGUUUCCCAGUAGGAAGUCCUAGAGAGAGACAGAGGAGCCCAGAUGCCAGAAAGAUGCUGAGGCGGGGGGAUUGGAAUGUCACCCCUGUCUCCAUGCCUAGCAGGUCCACCUUGUCCAGGUGCUGUAACGCCCCCAGCUUUCUCUUCACAACCCAGAAGAACACCCCGGUGGAGACAAAUCUCAGGUAUGAGGUGGAAUCCAGUGGCUUGUAUCACAUCGACCAGGAGAUCUUCAAAAUGUUUCCCAAGGAAAUGCCCUACUACCGCUCUCAGUUUAAGAAGUGUGCUGUGGUGGGCAACGGAGGCAUCCUGAAGAACAGCGGCUGCGGGAAGGAGAUAGACAGCGCUGACUUUGUCUUCCGGUGCAACCUGCCCCCCAUCUCAGGGAUCUAUACCACAGAUGUGGGAGAGAAGACAGACGUAGUCACUGUGAAUCCCAGCAUCAUAAUCGACAGGUUCCACAAGUUGGAGAAGUGGCGGCGGCCGUUCUUCAGCGUGCUGCAGAGGUACGAGAACGCCUCGGUGCUGCUACCUGCGUUCUACAACGUCCGCAACACCCUGGUGUCCUUCCGAGUCAAGUACAUGCUGGAUGACUUCCAGUCUCGGCAGCCCGUCUACUUCUUCCACCCGCAGUACCUGAGCAGCGUGUCGCGCUACUGGCUCAGCCUGGGCGUGCGCGCCCGCCGCAUCAGCACCGGCCUCAUCCUGGUCACUGCGGCCCUGGAGCUCUGCGAGGAGGUGCACCUGUUCGGUUUCUGGGCCUUCCCCAUGAACCCCUCCGGCUUCUUCAUCACGCACCAUUACUAUGACAACGUCAAGCCCAAGCCGGGUUUCCAUGCUAUGCCCUCAGAGAUCUUCACCUUCCUGCGCAUGCACAGCCGCGGCAUCCUCCGCGUGCACACAGGCACUUGCAAUUGCUGCUGAAAACCAGGCCCACCACGGGUGUCUCAGCUUCUGUCCUUCUCCCUCAAGGAUUCCUUGACCCUGCCAUUAUGGCUGCUGUCACUCCCUAAGGAUUUAGGGUUUGUGUUUGGGUCCUGGGGAGGGAGGCGGGGGGACACUCAUUUAACAGGAUAGAGCACAGCUCCUGGUCUCGUUCAGACCUUUGGCUGCUCAAGUCUCAUACGGAGAAACUCAGCCAUGAAGCACCAUCUAGAAUCUCACAGCUCAGAGGCCAGGCCUUCCAGGGAACAAACAGUAUGAGUGUCCUAGUCAUACCAUCUGGCUGAGCUCAAAAGACUUCAGGGAUAGCUAAUGAAAACCCGUGUUAGCAUAUCCCCAAGAGUCCAGGAACUGAGAGCCAUGUCCCUUCAAACAGCUCUUGGACACACAACACACAGCCUUGGUGCCUCUAGGUUCCAGCCUGCAUUUAACCUUUGACGACAAGGAAAUAAACCAGACCAGCCAUUUGCACUAAGAUCUUCAAGCCAAUGUUAUCGACUCAAUAAGUGCUUAGCAAUUUG